AUUUGACUACAAACAAAUCCUCCUGUCGUAAUUCUUCACAAUGGUCAGAUUUAGGCAACGUUAUUGCAAUGAAAGUUGGCAAAUGCGAAACAAUUCCUCAAAUGUGGCGGCACUUUUAUAUCCUGACAGAAAACAUUCCAGUAAACGGAAUUGUUACUGCAUUGAACGUAACAUCUCACCUCAAUUAUUUUCAAGACCUCGAGAAUGCGUUUUUGAGGACGAUUUAAGCGAAACAACUUACAAAAUCCCAGAAUUUUGCAAGAAGAAACACGUGAAAAAGCUAAUUUUUGAUAGACCCGGGGAAAUACCGAAACACCAGAAUUUUAUAACAAAAUAUAAAUCGGCGUAUUUUGAUAAUCCGAGUAGUGAAACAUCACCCACGACGCACGGAACUGGAAAAACGUACAGGAAAUCAGACAAUUUAAAAAAUUUCGAUUUUCAAACAUUUUCAUACAAUUAUAACCCGAUUUCAAGACACAAAGAAGAUUUCCAACAACUAGAUGAGGUUUCACCUAGAAGUUCCGAAAGCUCUCUCCAAUCCCCUCAAGUUCCCCAAACAAACACAAAAAAUUUGGCCGAUUUUCGAAAAAAUCACUACUUUGAGACACACUCGACCGAAGAUCUAAUCAAACCGAUUCCACCACACGAGUGCGUCCAUAGAUUCACCCUAGAUGACAGAAAACUACCAUUUCCAUUAAAUCCGGACGUGUAUGGGGCCAGUCGAUGCAUUAUUUGUGAUAAACCCAUGGAAAAACCUCUUCUCAAUAAAGUCGACGAGCGAGAAAAACCAAAAAAGGCAGUUUUUCCAAAAUUUUACAAGUAUGGUUUAGCCCCCAAAAGAAUUUAUUUGGGUGGCAGUGACCACGAUCGGAUUGACAUGGUUUUAGAUGAGGGCGAGGAAUGUGUGGGGAAAUGGGAAACCCCCAAUUAUUAUAAUACGUACGCUUUGAAGUAUCAGAAAGGUGUUAAGUCGUAAAAUGUAUUUAUUUUUUACCCAAAAUAAUAACCAAAAUAAAAAAGUUUUAAAAAAAUA